AUGGACUUCCAAUCCACACCGCGCUCGCCGUUCAGCCCACGACUACCACAUCCACCUCUCCCAACAUCCACAACCACAAAUACCCUCGGAAUCCUAAGCUCACAUAUAUUCCCUUCAUUAACCCUACACACAACACUUUCACUAGCAGCAUAUUCAGCAGGAAGAUUUACAAACCGUCUCGAUGCGAAGGAUUUACUCUGGCCGUCUGCUUUCGUGGGCAACGUAUGGUACCAUGGAGUCGUAUGGCCUUACAUGAGCGGUAGAGGGAGAGGGGUAUGGGAGUUUAUAAGGGAAAUGGGGUACGGGAAUAAAUUGAUACUGGGAGGGGUGACGGUUUGGGGGUGUAGAUUGUUUUGGAAGGUGUUUUGGAGGGUUAAAGGAAGAGAACGGGAUGAUGGACGGUAUGAGAGGUAUAGAGAGGUGAUUAGGAGGAAGAAAGGGAAGGGGGAUCUGGAGAAGGCGGUGGUGAUCGAUGAAGGGGAGGUGGAGAGGGAGAUGUGGAAUAAGGCGUUUCUUGGGAUAUUCUUGCCGGAGGCGGUUGUGCAGAGUUUUGUGAGUUUGGGAUGGUCUGGAGUUGGGUAUUCGCGAUCUUAUGGUUCUUUCAACCAUCCCGAUCAAGGCAGUAUCGGUGAUACCAAAUGGGUUCAUGGGAUUGCGGUUGGAGUCUUUGCGGCUGGAUUGGCGCUGGAGGUUCUUGCGGAUUCGCAACUGGGGAGAUCUAAGAAGAAGAAGGGAAAGAUUGUGAGGGACGGGGUUUGGAGUAUUGUCCGCCAUCCGAAUUAUCUAGGUGACUUUCUAGUCCACCUCUCGUUUCCUCUGAUGGCCCUAGCCGAUGGAGUGUUCAAUCCCAUCAUGUUCAUCGGGCCCAUCGCGAAUUAUAUCUUCUUGAGGUUUAUAGGAGGGGACAAGGAAAACGAACAAUACCAAAUGGAGAAAUACAAGAAGGAAGGUGCAGAGAAAUACGAGGAGUAUAAAGAGUGGAAGGCAGAGAAGAAUAGCUUUUGGCCGGGGAUUAGGGAAGUCGGGAAUCUUUGGACCUGGGUGGUUGUGGGAAUCGGUGGACUGGCUGCGGCGGGGGAGUUUUAUAUUUGCAAUUCGACCUAUACCAUUGUUAAUGUUAACUGA